AAACCACAAAAACACACACAUCCUUCGUACAAGUCCACGUAGAGAGAGAAAGAGAGUGCAUCUGCAUCAGGCUUUGACUUCGUCUUCUAUUGUUCCUUCACUAUGUUUCACUUACUUGUUGGAAGCACAACGUGACCAUGACGAGCAAAGCAAAGAAACCAUAUGAAAGCACCUUAUUAUAUUUAAUGGGUCACAGCCGUCUGAUGGUGACCCUCAAGACAUCUUUUGCUUACUAUAUUCCAAACCAAACAUAAGAAAAGCAAAACAAUUCCACACCUUGUUUUACCCUUCUUAUGCUUCAAGGCCAAUAACAAGAAGAAAGUGGGUAGUGGGGUGGUGUUGUUAUUUACACCUUGUUAUCUGAAAAUUGCUCAACUUUGAACAUGUUGGUCUGAGGUGAAACAGUCAAAUUCUCUGUUUUAUUAAGUCAUCCUUGCAUUUUCUCUGCAGGUUCAAGCAUUUUUCACCCUCCCUUCUUUUUAUUUUGCUAUGCUUGAUUAUUCUAGUAUAUAUAUGUUAAUUAUGUGAAUUUUGUUUUUGUUUUUGUUUUCGUUUUUAAUUUCUUGCUGGCACUUUUCUCUAGUUGUCUAUUGUUGUUGUCCAAUUCAGGAUCUUAAGUUUCUAUAACGGGUAAGUGAUGAGUGGUUUUUCCUUUGUCUUCACAAGCACAGUUUUCAAAGACAAGAUGGAAAACAAGGAAAGGGGAAAUUUUUCUGAAUUGUUGUCAGAGCUGAUAGUUUUGGCUGAUGAGGUUGCUUCUCUUGCUAAGAACUCUGAAAUUGAGGUAGAUAUUUUUGCUGAGUUUGCCAUGUUGGUUGAGAAAUUCCCACCAAUUUUCAAUGAUUUGAGGGACAAAAGCACAGUCUUGGACAAGCCACCUAUAAGAAAAUCGUUGGAAUCUCUUGAAAAUGAGUUAAGGCGUGCCAAAGCUUUGACAAAAAGUACCAAUUUGAGACAACCAAUCAAGCAAACUGAGGACAUAACACAUGAUAUCGGUCGGUCAUUAGGCCUUCUGCUUGUAGCUAGCCUUGAAGUGUCUGCGGAUUUCAGAGAAAAGAUUGGUACAUUACAAAGACAAUUGAUGAAUGCUAAAUUUGAUGGAAAUUUAAGCCAAACUUCAAGCCCAAAAUCAGAGUUAACCAGCACUGACACAAAGCUGACGGGGGAAAUAGAAGAGGAAAUAAUCGAUGUUUCUAUUGAUGAUGUUGUUUUGCAGCUUAAGAAUGGAAAUGAUGAAGAGUUUGCAAUUGCACUUUUGAGACUAAAGGAGUUCUUGAGGAAUGAAAGACUGGAUGGUGGUUUGAUUAAUGAGGAAGCAAUUAUUGCCAUUCUUUUCAAUCGUCUAGGUUCAUGUAAGGCUGACAAUAGGCUUGCCAUCAUGCGAUUGCUAAGAAGUUUUGCUUUUGGAAAUGAUGAGAAAAAGGAGAAGAUGGUAGAUAUUGAGUUUUUAUCAGCAGUGGUGAAGUCAUUGACAAGAGAUUCAGAAGAGAGAAGGGAAGCAGUGGGGCUGUUGCUAGACCUCUCUGACAUUUCUGCAGUUCGACGGCGUAUUGGAAGAAUUCAAGGGUGUAUUGUUAUGUUAGUUGCAAUCCUUAAUGGCGAUGACCCUGUGGCUUCACAUGAUGCAGCAAAGUUAUUGGAUAUAUUGUCUAGUAAUACUCAAAAUGCACUUCAUAUGGCUGAAGCUGGCUACUUUAGGCCACUAGUGCACUAUUUGAAGGAAGGGCCUGACAUGAACAAGAUCCUAAUGGCAACAGCACUUUCUAGGUUGGAGCUCACUGAUCACAGCAAACUGUCCCUUGGAGAAGAUGGGGCAAUUGAGCCCCUUGUCAGUAUGUUUAGUACUGGAAAAUUUGAGUCCAAGUUAUCAGCACUAAAUGCACUACAAAAUCUGUCUAGCUUGACAGAAAAUGUGCAACAUUUGAUCAGAUCUGGAAUUGCUGGAUCUCUGCUACAACUUCUUUUCUCAGUAACAUCUGUGCUUAUGACUUUACGAGAGCCUGCAUCAGCUAUUCUCGCAAGAAUCGCUCAGUCGGAAUCCAUUCUUGUUAAUGAAGAUGUGGCUCAACAGAUGCUUUCACUUUUGAACCUAUCUAGCCCCAUAAUUCAAGGUCAUCUGUUAGAAGCUCUAAAUAACAUAGCUGCACAUCCUGGUGCAUCCAAAGUGAGAAGCAAAAUGAAAGAAAAAGGUGCACUUCAGCUACUCUUACCCUUUCUGAAGGAAAACAAUAUCAAAAUCCGGAGUAAGGUAUUACAUUUGCUGUACACCCUCUCUAAAGAUCUAACAGAUGAGUUGACUGAACAUCUUGAUGAAACUCAUCUUUACAACAUUGUUGAUAUAGUUUCAUCAUCAACAUCGAAGAUUGAACAAGCAGCUGCAGUUGGCAUACUGAGUAAUCUUCCUGCUAGUGAUAAAAAAGUGACAGAUAUACUAAAGAGGGCAAAUUUGCUGCCAAUUUUAAUAACCAUUAUGAAUUCUGUCACAGGAAGUAAUUCAUCAACAACUAAUAGCUUAGCAGAUAGUAUAGCAAGUGUUAUUAUACGCUUCACAAAUCCCUCCGACAAGAAAUUACAACUUCUUUCAGCAGAGCAUGGUGUGAUUUCUUUGCUAGUAAAACUGCUCUCAAGUGGUUCAGCAAUCACAAAAUCGAAGGCUGCAAUCUCGCUGGCUCAACUAUCGCAGAAUUCUGUGUCUCUUAGGAAGUCUAGAAAGUCAAGGUGGUUGUGUGUUUCACCCUCCGUGAAUGCAUAUUGUGAAGUCCAUGAUGGAUAUUGCUUUGUAAACAGAACAUUUUGUUUGGUCAAGGCUGGUGCUGUUUCUCCCCUUAUACAAUUAUUGGAAGAUCCGGGGAGAGAAGUAGUUGAAGCUGCUUUGUAUGCUCUCUCAACUCUUCUGCAAGAUGAAAUUUGGGAAGGUGGUGUCAAUUGCAUUGCCAAGUUGUCAGGUGUGCAGGGUAUUAUAAGAAGUCUUCAAGUUGUGGAUGCAAAGGUUCAAGAAAAAGCAUUAUGGAUGUUGGAGAGAAUAUUCAAGUUUGCAGAACAUAGAGUAAAAUAUGGAGAAUCUGCUCAGGUGGUUCUUAUUGAUCUGGCCCAGAAGAGUGAUUCUAGAUUGAAAUCAACAGUUGCCAAAGUAUUAGCUGAGCUGGAGUUGUUGCAAGCUCAAUCAAGUUACUUUUGAAACAUGCCUUUCUUUAUGAGCAAUGCUGUGGCAGUGAUUUUGUUUUGAUCUCAAUUCAUUUAUAUUAUUUUGGUGUACAUGCUUGUAUUUUAUCUUAUUUUGGAUGAACCACAUAGUGCCAUUUGUUAGAGUAAAAGAUAGUAAAAAUUGUUUGGUAAUGUAUCAAGGUUGAUUCUUUC